CGAUUUUUAUCAUUAACUCUUGUAGUUAUCGAAACAUUUUAGUAAAAAUAAUUGUAAAUUUGUUAUUUUAAACGUUGUUUCUUAAACUUGAGCUAAAAUGAGUGCUGCCGCUGCCGCCGCGGGGAUUCAGAGUACCGCGGGCGCCAUUCCCAUGCGCAAUGAGAAGGGCGAAUUGUCCAUGCAAAAGGUAAAGGUGCAGCGGUACAUAUCCGGAAAGCGACCCGACUACGCCAGAGCGGACUCCAGUUCGGAGGAGAGCGAUGAAGAUGACUUCAUUGACACCAGGAAGCGCUUGGAGCGCCACAAGGCGGAGCGCCACAAAAUGGAGCUUUCACGGCGAGGAGGCAGCGUGGACGGCGAGGGGAAGAAAGGAGGAGAAGCCCAAGACGAGGACGAAGCCGAGGUGGACGAUCCCCGCCUCCGGAGACUCCGCCAAAGGCCCGUGGACAUGGAGGACAUGGAACGGGAACGUAGGGAACGCCACCGACACAUUCAUGAGCCCGAAAUCAUGGAGAGCGACAGUGAGGACGAGGAGUUGGACGAAGAGCCACAGGGAACCAUCGAGCGAGGCACCAACAAGAUCACACUGGCCUCCGAAUCGGAUACGGAUGCCGAGCUCAGCGACACGGAACUGGAGAACAGGCGCACCAAGCUUAGAUCCCGUAUGCUGCAGCAACAACGCGAAGAGGAGGUUCUCCAGAAAGAGGAUGAAAAGCAGACAGAAUCCUCCGAAUCAGAAAGCUCCGAGUAUGAAGAGGAGACUGAAAGUGAGGAGGACAACGAACCCCGCCUAAAACCGCUAUUCGUCCGAAAAAGGGAUCGCGCCACCAUCCAAGAGAAGGAGCGGGAAGCUCAAAAGCAAAAGCAGCUAGAGGCGGAGGCCAAACGGGCGGCCAAAGAGCGAAGAAGAGCCACCCUACGAAUGGUCGAGGAAAGUGUCAAAAAAGACCUGGAAAAGACCAAGCCGGAGAGCAACGAGGCCUGUAUCGAGGAUGUGUGCACGGAUGACGAGAACGACGAGGUGGAGUACGAGGCCUGGAAGCUGCGCGAACUCAAGAGGAUGAAGCGGGAUCGCGAGGAGCGGGAUAACAACGAACGCGAAAAGCUGGACAUCGAUCGCAUGCGUAACAUGACCGAGGAGGAGCGACGACAGGAACUGCGCCAGAACCCCAAGCUGGUCACCAACAAGGCCACCAAGGGCAAGUACAAGUUCCUGCAGAAGUACUACCACCGCGGCGCCUUCUACUUGGACGAGGAGAACGAUGUGCUGAAGCGCGACUUUGCCCAGGCCACGCUAGAGGAUCACUUCGACAAGACCAUCCUGCCUAAGGUGAUGCAGGUGAAGAACUUCGGCCGUUGCGGGCGCACCAAAUACACGCAUUUAGUAGACCAGGACACCACCAAGUUUGACUCGCCCUGGUACGCCGAAUCCUCCAGCAACAUCAAGUUCCACAACGAACGCGGCGGCGGCAUGAGGCAGCAGUUCGACAAGCCCACGGGCUCGAAGCGAAAAAAGAUGGAGUAGUUUUACGUAGACCCACAAUUUUAAGCAUAAUCGUAUGGAUAUAUUUGACGGGCCAUAUGAAGGCAACCAUUUGUACAACUCAAAUUGUAUGGCCACAAUUAAGUUAGCCCCAACAUGAAACAAAAAAUUAAAUAUGAAACAAAAACCUAAA